AUGGUUCUAUGUGAGGAUGGCGACUGCAGCGUCUGCUUGUCUCCUUACUCCCGGAUGGACAGGAUCCCUCGGGUGCUCCACUGCAGACACACGUUUUGCGAGCUUUGUUUGGAGACGAUGUCGCGGGUCAGGAGCGGGCUCCUCACCGUGCCCUGCCCCUUGUGUCGCCGGGUGACCUGUAUAGGACGCGGCCUCAGCCUGCAGGAAGCUCUGUGGGUCAACAGCCAUCUGUGGGAGCAGAUACCAGAGGAGGAGGAGGUUGGGGAGGAGGAGGAGGAUGGAGUGAAAGAGAGAGCUGAGGAGGAGAGGAUUCAGACUAAAGAGCAGUCUACAUUACAAGCAGAAUGUGUUUCCUCCAGGUCAACCAGAACCAAACUCAUUAAACUGCCUGCAUUCUUCAAAAAGUUCAGUCUGAUGAAGCAGCACCAAGAGAGGAUCGUACCUGGUGGAAAUGUGGAGAUGAAAUCCUGGCGCAGACUGCCGACUGCAGAGACCAUUUAAAAGAGGAAGCAGACUGAGGCAGAUUGACAGCUUCUCUCAGGAUGUUAUUUGUUAGACGCCACUAGAAGACUCAACGUUGUCGGCUAAGAGAAAGUUGAAGCCAUUAGCGCCGAGGACCCAUUUGUGUUCCUGUCAGGACUUUGUUUUGUCCCCAGCCAAAGGUGCCCCGUCUCCCCCAUUAUUUAUUUUGGCCUUAAUUCUCCCAGCUGGUGCCCUGGGAUGUGGUUCAGCUGUCCCAGUGGGACUCACACCCAAAGACCCCCCCCUUAUA